AUAAUAUAGCUCUUACUGAAGAACUUCAAACAUUGAGCUUACUUACAGUUAUCUGCUCUCUUAUUCUUCUGACCAAAAGCAUGGCCCUUCCGGUUCAAGCUGCACCACAAAGGGCUCAAGUUCGUCGAACAGCACAAUUUCAUCCAUCCGUCUGGGGUGACUACUUCAUCAAAAAUGCACCUGACAACAAGAUGGUGAGUAUUUGGAAAGAGCAAGCCAAAGUUCUGGAAGAGGAAGUUAGGAGAAUGAUUAUCUCUGAGACUCAAAAGCCCUCAGGAAAACUGAAGUUGAUAGAUGUAAUCCAACGACUGGGUAUUGCUUACCAUUUUGAAGAAGAGAUUGGAGAAGUAAUUGAACAAGUUUAUAGUAAUUAUGAUGAUGAUGAAGACCUCUAUGAUAUUGCUCUUCGAUUUCGACUGCUAAGACAGCAAGGCUAUAAUGUUUCGAGUGCAGAUGUAUUCGACAAGUUCAAGGAUUGCAAAGGUGAUUUCAAGAAGCAUCUGGUUAAUGACGUCCAAGGCUUGUUAAGCUUGCAUGAAGCUUCAUAUAUGAGUGUGCAAGGGGAAAAAAUACUAGAUGAAGCUCUUGAAUUCACCAAAACUCACCUUAUGGCGACCCAAUUGAGUUCUCCUCUUCCUGACCAAGUGAGUCAUGCCUUGAGGUGGCCUGUUCGCAGAGGUUUACCGAGGAAAGAGGCAUGGCAAUACUUCUCCAUUUACCAGCAAGAUAGGGAACAUAUUGAACCUCUACUGAAGCUGGCAAAGUUGGAUUUCAAUAUAGUGCAAAAAUUGCAUCACAAAGACAUGAGCAUUAUCACAAGGUGGUGGAUAGACUUGGACUUCACAACAAAGCUAUCUUUCGCUCGGGACAGGGUGAUCGAAUGCUCUUUCUGGGCAUUAGGGGUGUUUUAUGAGCCUCAAUUUGUUUUUGCCAGACAAGUAUUGUCUAAAGCUGUGGCUAUCCUGUCUGUUAUGGAUGACAUCUAUGAUGUUCAUGGUACAAUUGAAGAACUUGAGCUCUUCACUGAAGUUGUUGAGAGGUGGGAUAUUAGCAUGAAAGAUCAGCUUCCAGAUUAUAUGAAGUGGUAUUUUGAAGCAUUAAUAGAUUUCUACGCUGAAAUAGAGGCUGAAACAACCAAGGGAGGGAGGUCCUUCUGUAUUCAUUACGCAAAGGAAGCGGUGAAGAAGCAAGUGAGAGCCUACAUCACUGAAGCAAGAUGGUUUAACAAUGAUUAUGUGCCAACACUGGAAGAAUAUAUUUCUAAUGCUGUGAUCAGCUCUACUUAUCCCAUCUUGAUAACUUUGUCCUUCUGCGGAAUGGGCAAAUUCGCUUCCAAGGAUGUCUUUGAUUGGCUGUUCACCGAACCUAAUAAACUAUUAUAUACUGCAUCAGGUCUUGCUAGGCUCAUAGAUGACAUCCGGUCUCAUGAGUUUGAGCAAGAAAGGGGACAUGUUGCUUCAGCUGUGGAGUGCUACAUGAAGCAGCAUAGUGUGUCAAAGCAGGAAGCCUACAAUGAGUUAAACACCAUAGUUGUCAACAUGUGGAAAGACCUAAACGAAGAGCUCCUUAAAGAAACAGGUGUGCUUCCGAAGCCAAUUCUUGCAUGUAUUCUGAACAUCGUGCGAGUGAUGGAUGUAGUGUACAAGGAUGAAGACAGUUAUACAAACUCCAGGAAUUCACUCAAGGAUAUCCUGGCAACUUUCCUCGUCAAUCCUGUGCCUGUUUAAGCAUCUCAGGCUUUUGGAACCGCUUCCUCUGAAAUAUAAGAGCACUCCAAUAGUGUUUUUAUUUUAAGGAUCAUAUUAGUGAAUGUUUAAAUAAAGAAUCCAUGUAAUAGACUUUUUAUAUUUUUCUCUUAAUUUUACUUUUAUUUUUAUAAGCAA